AUGUCAUUAACGAGUGAGAAAUUCGAAGAGAAGUUCAAUGAGCAAUUUCAGCAGGGUAUGAUUGACCAAUUCAAAUGUAUCCAGGACAGCGACUUCAUCCAUGGAUCAGAAUACUUAGACGAAUAUUACGAUAGGAUAUACGAUAUUUAUCAGAGACAACUCCAUGCUGCUGCGCAGCAACACCCGAACAUUGCAGCUUACGUGAAUAAAUACUACAAGAUGAUCUCAAAUCAAGUCAACCAAUAUAUCGGCACUUCUGCCUGA